AGGAGAUGCUUAACAAUGGACUUUGGUGUGGUCGUCACAACUUGAGACAGAGCUCAAGUUGAGAACAUCCAAUAACAGAGGAGAACAUAUUACUACAACUUUGAGGAUUAUAUAAUUAAGAACGGGCUUAUAACUGGAUGAAGAAGCAACAUCGAGACACUCGAUUCCAGAGAGUGAUGGUGAGAGUUCCAAAGAGAGGAAAAGGUUUGGGAUGGGUGACAGUCUGACUGAGCUCGAUCUGCAGAUGGAGUUCAAGACUGAGAGAUGAAAACAAUUAUCCAUUGCCAAGUGAGCAUGAAGAAUACAGUGCAACUUUCAUCCAGCAUUUACUAACCUGUCAGCAGUAACAGGAUGGACAUGGAUAUUCAAAAUUUAACUGCAAGUGGAAAUGUCUCCGCUGUCCUGCCAGCCCCAUACAGUCUGUUGGAGGUCAUAACCAUUGCAACAGUGUCAGCUGUUGUGAGUCUCAUCACAAUAGUGGGGAAUGUUCUGGUGAUGCUCUCUUUCAAGGUCAACAGCCAACUUAAGACUGUUAACAACUACUACUUACUCAGUUUAGCUUUUGCAGACCUCAUUAUCGGUGUUUUCUCCAUGAACCUGUACACAUCCUACAUUCUCAUGGGAUACUGGUCUUUAGGGAAUAUAGCUUGUGAUCUGUGGUUGGCCAUUGACUAUGUUGCAAGUAAUGCAUCAGUGAUGAACUUGCUGGUCAUCAGCUUUGACAGAUAUUUCUCCAUUACAAGACCACUUACCUACAGGGCUAAACGGACCCCAAAACGUGCAGGCAUCAUGAUUGGCUUGGCCUGGUUGAUAUCGUUUAUACUGUGGGCUCCACCCAUUCUGUGCUGGCAGUACUUUGUCGGAGAGAGGACGGUUCGUCCUGACCAAUGCCAGAUCCAGUUUUUCUCAGAACCCACAAUUACAUUUGGGACAGCCAUAGCGGCCUUUUAUGUCCCGGUAUCCAUCAUGACAAUUUUAUAUUGCAAAAUCUACAAAGAAACAGAGAAACGUACAAAGAACUUAGCAGAACUCCAAGGAUACCCAUCGCUAGACAGCCGUGAAAACUCUAAAACACGAAAGCCGAUACUACAAUGCUUUAGCUUUAAAAACAAGAGGGACGGGACUCAAGCAUCAUGGUCUUCGUCCAACCAGAGUUACGUAACUAGGACAACGAUGCAGUCUGAUGACUUGUGGACAAAAUCUGACCAGGUCACCACCUUGAACAGUUAUACAUCCUCAGAAGACGACGAGCGGUCUGUCUCUGAGAUGACCCCGCGAGAAUCUUUCAAGAACCAAGAAUCGACACUUAAUAAAAAUGGACAGCUGGACUGUUAUGAAGACAGCAAAUAUCUAAGUGAUCUUGCAAAAUGCUCCCAGAUGAACAAUAAAAAAUGUAUGUCAUACAAGUUCAAGCCGAUCCUUAGUGACAUCAGCGCUUUGCAAGGUAGUACAGAGACUGAGAGAACAAACUCAGAUCAUUGUCAGUCCUCAGAGCCACAGGCUCCUUCAUCCACGUCGUCUUCAACCAAACCAGAAGAUCCAAACUUGAAGAUCCAGAUGACCAAGCGUAAACGAAUGGUCCUUAUCAAGGAGAAGAAGGCUGCACAGACUCUCAGUGCCAUCCUUCUGGCUUUCCUCCUCACCUGGACCCCGUACAACAUCAUGGUGCUCAUCUCCACCUUCUGUUCUAAAUGCAUCCCAGUGUCCCUCUGGCAUCUGGGCUACUGGCUCUGCUAUGUCAACAGCACCAUCAACCCUAUGUGUUAUGCCCUAUGCAACAAGACCUUCCAGAAGACCUUUUGGAUGUUAGUCCUCUGCAAAUGGAAGAAAAACAGAGGAGAGGAGAAACUGUACUGGUCAGGUCAAAACCAUUAAAUACUGAAGAAACACAACAGAGAUGGCUAACAUUAAAUUAAUUUUAGUUUAUGCUGUGCAUACAGUAGCUGCGUCUCAUUUCGGAGGCUGCGUUCUCUGGAGGUCGCAUUUGAAGGCUGUAUAUGUCUUCAAGGAUGUCUUAUUUAAAAAAAGUAACCGUAAUAAAACUGACUGUUUUUUCUCAUGAGGUGUAAAAUACUGUAAUUUCUUUCUUACCUUGCAAUCUAAUGGUUACUUUUCUUAAAUGAGACCACCUCGAUGACGUAUGCAGCCUUCAAAUGCGACGUCCAGAGGAUGCAGCCUUCGAAAUGAGACGCAGCUACUGUCAUUUUCCUUUAUUACUCCUUUUCAUAUUCUUGGCCAUGUUUUUUGUGUACAUACUGUUUAAAAAUAUGAUUUAUUAAUAUUUAUUUUAGCUUCUAAUCUUUUUUAUAUUGUUUUUUCAUAAUUUAACAUGUUUAUUGUGUAAUGUCUAAAGGCUAGGGAUGGUGAGGACAGAACAUAAAGAUAUAGACUGUGAAUUUUUAAAUUAUUAUAGAUACCAAAAACAUAAAGUGUUUAUUACAUGGUUAACUUUUUGCGAUAGAAUGAUUUGAAAUAUUACGUAUUGUACGCCUUGGUCAUGUCAGUGACACUGCAUGCAUAGAAAUGUAUCUGGUGUGCAAAGCAAUGUUGUUGUAUUAUGUUUGCAGAACUGGACAGUGUUAGAUAUGAAUCUUUAGAUUUUGGAGCUGGCAAACUUCACUUCUGUAGAGAGACAGUAGAGAUACACACAAAAGAUUGUAGCUUCACUCUGGAUGUAAUAUCCAUGAUAUUGCAGAGAUUCCAACUGUACAUCAUGUGAAACAUUUCUACAACAUCACCCAUAUAAUCCCAAUGUGCAGUGGCUCAUAUUAAAGGGUUAGUUCACCCAAAAAUGAAAAAUCUGUCAUUAAUUACUCACCCUCAUGUCGUUCCACACCCGUAAGACCUUCGUUCAUCUUCGGAACAUAAAUUAAGAUAUUUUUGAUAAAAUCCGAUGGCUCAGUGAAGCCUCCAUUGACAGCAAGAUAAUUAACACUUUCAAUGCCCAGAAAGCUACUAAAGACACAUUUAAAACAGUUCAUGUGACUACAGUGAUGCAACCAUAAUGUUACGAAGCAACGAGAAUACUUUUUGUGUGCCAAAAAAACAAAACAACGACCUUAUUCAAUAACAUCUAGUGAUGGGAGAUUUCAAAACACUGCUUCAUGAAGCUUCAAAGCUUUAUGAAUCUUUUAUUUCGAAUCAGUGGUUUGGAGCGUGUAUCAAACUGCCAAAGUCACGUGAACCAUUACAAUUUUGAAACGUUUCGAAACACUUAUGACAAAACGAAGCCUCGUUUACUGAAAUCACGUGACUUUGGCAGUUUGAUACCUGCUCCGAACCACUGAUUUGAAACAAAAGAUUCAUAAAGCUUC